CUCCGCCGACCAUAGCGCCCGCAGUGAGUCUUCCCUCUUUGUCCAAGAAGAUCCGCCCCUCGAGCGAUCGGCCUUCGUAGAUGUGUCACCGACAACUGCGGUUCUACAAGGCGAAACAAUGCGGUCAUUUGACCUUCACCGGCGAGACCUAUAUCGACUGCAAUUCCCGCGAGUGUUUCCUCAGCACCGCCCACCCCUCCACCUGCGGGGCUCCCGGCUCACGCAUCCUCUGCCGCUGUCGACGAUAUUAUACCCAACCCGAGCGCAUCACGACACACGAGGUGAGCAUGUCCGCCUCUGCAGGACCUUGCAGUGACAAGAAAUUACAGCAGGAGGGAAGCUGUCCUCGAUGUUCCGGAACAUGACCUACUCCACGACCACGAAAGAAAUGUCCUGUAUCCCAUACACAUCAUCAUGAAUACAUCACGUACACAGCAUACUCUA